AUGAGUAGCAACAAGGCACAGGCAGCAUCUAAAACAUGUGAGAUAUGUGUUAGUGCCUCUGGAUCUCAUUACUGUUUAGAGUGUGAACAGUACUUUUGUGACAAUUGUAAAGGCUUUCAUAAACGGCAGAGCGUGACAAAGAACCACCAGUUUCAGUCUUCCUCUGAUGUUAUACCGGAAGUUAAAUCGAAAUGUAAAGACCACAAUGAAGACGUAAGCUUUGUAUGUAAUACCUGUAAUACAGCAGUAUGCAGCAGUUGUGUCACCGGCAGUCACUCAGGACAUGCCUUUUCCAAACUUCUGGACAGCAUAUCACAGCUGAAGGAGACGAAUACAACAGACCUGCGUAGUAAGGUAGAUGAAGCAACCCAAAACAUGAAGCAGAUAGAAGAAGGUCUGAAGACAUUUGAUGUGAAGGUGGAAGGAAUAGUCAAAGCUAUUACAGAAGAAGGUACAAAGAUAAAGACCAUGGUUGAUAAAUGUAUCUCAGAGAAGAUUGCAUCGGUCAAGGAUCAAUCCAGGAAGGAAAGGGACAAAUUAACAAAGCUAUUGGAAGAUACUCGAAUGGAUUUGAAGGCAGGACGCGACAUAGACAAGACCAUACAUGAACUAAACAAGACACGAAACGAUGGAAAAUUGUUGCAGUCAUUACAGAAGCUUACAGACGACAUCGCAAAGCUGACGGUAAAGCCUACACCUAAAAUUUCUAGGAUACAGUAUACUGCUAAGUCUGCAACAGAUAACGACAUUAAACAGCUGUUUGCCGCGGUUGUCGAUGUUCAUGUGGCGGAAAGGAAGAAAGAUCUGAUUUAUGGGGCUUUUAUCAAUGUUCAUGUGGCGGAUAUAUGGGAUUUACCAAAGGACAGUAAAGAGACAGUCUGCAACAAGCAUUUUCCAGACAAAGAAAUAGAAGUAGAAAUGUAUUUCCUUCUAAACUGA